AUGGCCUACUAUGAUGAGAUUGAAAUUGAGGACAUGAUCUUCAAUGAGGAGGAAGGUUCCUACUAUUAUCCUUGUCCUUGUGGUGAUAUCUUUUCAAUCACAUUGCAAGAAUUGUAUAAUGGUGAUGAAAUUGCUCACUGUCCAAGUUGUUCACUUGUUAUUAGAGUAAUUUAUGAUCCCGAGGAUUUUAAACAAGAAGAGGAAGGUGCUGCCGAUGAUACUGAAGGUGCUGCGGAGGAAAUUGAAACACAAUAA